UAGUGGCUGGGCCGGUGACAUAGGUGCUGCAACCGUACGACCCCCCCUAUACAGCCGGUUGAUGUGAUAUUGUAAGGAUUGUUAGAUGACAACCUGCAAUUAAAUAGAUACAGAAUGGCAGCUCCAGACGCUCCAGGAUUACUUGCUAGAUAAGGCGCUGUCCCUUUACUGCAGAACGCAGCUGGUGGCCGUGUGACCCACUGACCUGUAUUUUAUUCUGUCCCCUCCUGCUUUCCUGCACAUUAUGGAUCAGGCUGUCAGAGGGUUCGCAGAGCCUUUGGGACCAGAGGUACAGAGAGGACCACAGGCUGCAAACGAUUGGGAUUUCCUGGAUAUCGAUAUGGAGGAUAUCGAUUUGCGAGAAAUGCCCACGGCAAUGAUCGGGUGCAAUCUGGACGGCAGCUUGUUCUAUGAUGGCCUUUACAGGGCCAAAUUUGAAUCCCUCUUUAGGACCUAUGACAAAGAUGCCACCUUUCAGUAUUUUAAGAGCUUUAAGAGAGUGCGAAUCAAUUUUAGUAAUCCGCUAUCAGCAGCCGAGGCCAGAAUUCAACUGCACAAGACAGAGUUCUUAGGGAAGGAAAUUAAGCUGUAUUUUGCCCAGACACUGCACAUAGGAAGUCCCCAUCUGGCACCACCAAACCCCGAAAAGCAGUUUUUGAUCUCCCCCCCAGCCUCCCCCCCUGUAGGUUGGAAACAAUCAGAAGAUGCUACACCGUUUAUCAACUACGAUCUUCUGUACGCCAUUUCCAAACUCGGCCCAGGAGAGAAAUAUGAAUUGCACGCUGCCACAGACACCACACCAAGCGUUGUGGUCCAUGUUUGUGAAAGUGACCCAGAAAAUGAGCUAGAAAUAGAGGAAGACGAAAAUGGCAUGAGUAAACCGAAACCAAAAAUCAUCCAAACAAAACGACCAGAGUACAUGCCUAUCCACCUAAGCUGAAGCAAAUCUGCGCAGAGUGAUUAAUAGACAUAUUGUACUUCAUGACGCAUUUCCUGUGGGAAUGGCAGGUCACAGUUUAGCGCAGCGCCGGUAGAGGCUGUAUUUAAAUGUGACUCGGCAGAACAAAUCCAGGACGUUGCCUGUUUGUUUUUUUAUAUGCUGAUUGCAGUUUUAAGAUUUAUGGGCUUUCUGUGGUCUACCACAGCUCAUAGGGAAAGGAAAGACGAAUAGAUUAUAUUUUACAAGCAUUCUGCUUCAUUUGCUGAUAUUUUUUUUCUGAAACGUGUUUCGGUCGUGUGGGUUCUUUGCUUGAAUAUGGAUAUUAGAGUGUGUGAUAGCAUUAAUGUCUAUACUAUAUACCAUAUGUAUACACUAUUGUACAGGGCGGGCCUAGUUAAUGUGCCUCUAAGCAGUCAUAAUUUACUGUCAGUGCACUGAAUUCAUAGACCUGUCAUCAUAAAAUAGUUGAAAAAGACUCUCAAAAGUCUUUUAAAUUGUUUCUAAAGUCUAUACUGUUUAAAUGUUAUUAAAUGUACCAUUUAAUCUCAGCUAAACUAAAAAUACUGUUGUAAGAAACCCGAUUUUGGCUUUAAUGUGCAGUGCAGACAUUUCUUAAUAUAGGCCAUGCAGAUGUAUAUAGUCCUAGAUAUGCGCACAACUCUUAUAUGGCACAUUUAUUUAUUUUGUAUUACUGGGAAAUAUAUACAUAUAUAUUAUUUUUUUUCUUCUGAAUAUUUUUCCCUUUUUGUUUUUGCAUGUGCACUCGCUGCUGACAAAAUUAUUUUCUAAUUAGGCUAGUUAUGUUUUACAAGUUUCUUUACUAGAAAAACUAAUCCUAUAACAAUCUUUUAUGUUGUUUUCUAGCAUAUACUAUGUAAGGUAAAUUUUGAAAGCAAAGAAAGCAGAAACAUUCUCUUUAUGUUAAUAGCUGGUUCAUUUCGAUAUAUUAUAAAUAUGUGAAAUUUGGUAACAAAAAAUCUGCAAGGGACGUUUCAUACUUUGCGCGCCCUUGUUUUUUCUGUGGACUCCAAUAUGUUACCCGCGCAAAAUAUUCACGUGUAAGACACGUUAUUUUCUAUUAUUAAUCUCCUGUGUUAAUGUACAAUUAUAUUUUUGUGUGUAGAAGAAUAAGAUUAAUUUAGAAAUGUAUUAAUAUCUUUUAAAUUUUUGCGUUUUUUUCAGCACCUUGGUUUAUGGUAAAGUUUAAUGGCGGAAAACCAAACUGAUGUUUUUCCAGCAAGUCAAAUAUGUUUUUUCACAAAAAUAAAUCACAAUAUCUUAAAAAGACAUUCUUUACCAAUGUAAACCAAUAGUAAAAAUUAUGUUUUUUAAAUGUUUACUUGUGCACUGCUCCGACCUGGAAAUAAAAUAUCGAAGACCAUAAACAUUUUACACAUACAUUAACGUGAAAUUGGUCUAGUGAUUGAGUACUGCGCAGUGCCUUUUGUAUAGAAACAUUGUAGCUUCUGAACAAAACUGUAUAGUGUUUGUGUGAUCACCGUCAUAGCAUCAGUUUUGUUUUCUCAAGUUCCAAAAUGUUUAAAUGCCAAGUUAAAGUGCAUGUUUUCAGUUUGUGUUGUUGUUGUGUCGUUAUAUCGUUAUAUCAUUGUAUUCAUUAACUCGUUAAUCAGCUAAAACUGUAAUUUUGAGUGGGACUUAUUUCCUGUUUUUUUAUUACAGUGUUAGUAGGCAUAUGCUACCAAAUAUUUCAACCGCAAAAUUUAUAUUUGGAAAUAGCUCCAAAUUUUAUUGAAUUUUUUUGCAGCAUCUGUGCUUAACCACAUUAUCUGUGCUUAACCACAUUAUCUGUGCUGUGAUUUUUAUUUUAUUUUUACCCGACAAACUGUGAUAAAUACAUCCCACAAUUUUUGUAACGCACUGUGGGUACUUCCUGUGUUUUUGUUCAUAUUGUAUUAUGACUGAAUACCACUCAUUGAAGUUGUCUGCUAUUAAACUGGAAGUUUGGAUUUCUGUUUUCAGUUUUAUACAUAUAUAUGUAUAUAUGUGUAUUAUAUGAGAUAAUAAACUUGCUUUGUAUUAA